AUGCGUCGCCAUGGCAGGUCCAGUGGUGGCCCGACCAAGGCCGUCACGCCCAUGUCCGACACGGUGUCCCUAAUCCACUCGUUCGAUUCGGUCAUGAACCCUAACCGUCCCGCGCGACCAUCGCCGUUGGCCUCCUCCAACAUCAAAGCACUGCCACUCGAACUGGUGGAUCGGCUGCGCUCAUUCCCACUGUUCCAGGCGACCCCAGAGUCGUUCCUCUUCGAGGUGGGCCAGCACUUGCGCCCGCAGCUCCAUGCGGCCAACGACUACAUUCUCACAGAGGGCGACGAGGCCAAGGCAAUAUACUGGCUGGUACGGGGUGCGGUCUCGGUCACAUCGCGUGAUGGCGAGAGUAUCUAUGCUGAACUCCAGCCGGGCGCGUUCUUUGGCGAGAUCGGCGUGCUCAUGGACCGCCCGCGCACGGCAACCAUCAUCGCCCGGACCCGCUGUAUGCUGGUGGUGCUGACCAAAGAGGAUUUCCGGAGCAUUCUGCCGCGCUUCCCUGAUGUCGAGCGAGCGAUCAGGGAGGAGGCACAGGAGCGCUUGAUGAUCCUCGAGAAGAAAAAGAAGGAGACCUCGGUGCCCCCACCAGAUCUUCCACCAGGCCCGAUCCGGAGGGGCUCCAAGAGACUGCGGGAGAGCUUUGCUCGGGACUUGGUGGUUUCGGAAGAUGAGGAGUUGAGUGCCAAUUCUGUGAACAAGAAGCGCAAGUCUCCGAGCCCUGGGAGGCGGGAUGGUUCCAGCGCGCUGGCCAAUGGGCUGGUCAAUGUCCGCCUGCUGCUCAAAGAGUUACCUCUCUUUUCUGGACUGCCAGCCGACAUCCUACACUUCCUCGGUCUCAAUGCCCAACCCAGGUCUUUCCCACCUUUUGCCGACAUCAUCCAACAAGACUCCCAAGGCCGAGAACUCUACUUUAUUGUCCGCGGCGAGGUUGAAGUCCUCACGGAGAAGACUGAGAAGACCGAAAAGACUGAGAAGCAUCAUGCACACCCACCCAACGGUGUCAAGCGCUCUGGGAUCGAAAUUAAAGCUCGCCUACGACAAGGCCAGUAUUUUGGAGAAGUGGUCAGCUUGUCUCUCGCCCCACGAAGAACUGCCACUGUUCGAUCUGUCACCCAGGUCGAAUGUCUUAUGCUCAGCGGUGAUGUUUUGUCCGAAUUCUGGGAGAAGUGCCCCCCAAGCAUUCGAGAACAGGUAGAGCGCACUGCACAGGAAAGACUCCAGUCUGCCGCGGAUGGCGAUGUGGUGAUGACCGACGCCUCAAACGCCCAACCGUCCAUGAGCGACUUGGCCAUUGACGACAGAGUCAAGAUCACGUCCUCGCGCAGACGCUCCAUGCCCUUGUUGACACUAACCGAAACCGAACUGGAUGGUCCCCAUCAGUCUACCCCCGUUGAAGAUCAGGACCAGGCCGUCUUGCGGCCCACCGAUCCUGAUCCUUACCUCAGUCUCGGCUUGGACAAGGUGCGCCUGCGAAGCCGACGAGGCUCAGUGGCACCCUUAACCCCCGAAGAAGUCUCGGGGGAGCAAACACGCCCGUCGUCGUCUUCUGAGCCCAAAUCCGGCAGCUCGUCCUCCCUUGCCCUCCCCGAGAUGACUGGUCUCUCGAAACCGCAUCAGGCAGCUCGUCCGCUCGGUGACGGAUAUCGCGGCGUGUUUCCCGACAGCGUCCUUCUCAACAUCUUCCAGUACCUGGAUCUUCAUCACCUUCUUCGCUUUCGCGCAGUAUCGUCGCACUGGUCCGAAAUUCUGAACAAAUCCGGCGGUUUACUUCGUGAUUUAGAUCUGAGUGUCUACAACCGCAAAAUCACCGACGAGGUGUUGGUCAAGAUCAUCUGUCCGUUUGUUGGCACCCGGCCUCGUUCGAUCAACAUCAAUAACUGCUUCCACAUCACCGACGAAGGCUUCAACGCGCUGGCCAGUACUUGUGCGCCCCAGGCUACCACAUGGAAGAUGAAAAGCGUCUGGGAGGUCACCGCAUCCGCCAUUCUCGAGAUGGCCAACAAGGCCACUAAACUGCAAGAAGUGGAUCUAAGCAAUUGUCGCAAAGUGGGAGACACACUCCUUGCCCGGAUCGUUGGAUGGGUUGCGUCAGCCAAUGCCAAGCCGCCAGGCGAGGGCAAGUCGUCCAUUAAACCUACCAUGCAGACAGCGGAUGGCAUCGUGUAUGGAUGUCCACAGUUGAAGAAGCUCACGCUCUCAUACUGCAAGCACGUUACGGAUCGCUCGAUGCACCACAUUGCGUCGCAUUCUGCGGGCCGAAUCGAAGAGAUGGACUUGACGCGUUGCACGACCAUCACCGAUCAGGGGUUCCAGUAUUGGGGCAAUGCCCGAUUUACCAACCUGAAGAAACUUUGCCUAGCUGAUUGCACAUACUUAACCGAUAACGCCAUCGUGCAUCUAACCAACGCCGCCAAGUCAUUACAGGAAUUGGACCUGUCCUUCUGCUGCGCCUUAUCCGAUACAGCAACCGAAGUCCUCGCCCUGCAAUGCUCUCAGCUCAAAUACCUCAACAUGUCCUUCUGCGGCUCCGCCAUCUCCGACCCUUCCCUGCGGAGCAUCGGGCUCCACCUGUUGUCGCUGCAGCAUCUAUCCGUGCGCGGCUGCGUUCGCGUCACGGGCGUCGGCGUCGAGGCCGUUGCAGAAGGAUGUCACCAGCUUCAGUCGUUCGAUGUGAGCCAGUGCAAGAAUCUCACGUCCUGGCUUGAAGAUGGUGGUCCGGCGCGGUAUCGAUCGAGGAUCCAUUUUGAGGUUGUUGCUACGAAUGGAAAGAACUUUCGAUGA